CCUUGUGGUCGAAAUGAUUGCGCCGCAUUCUAGUAGACGCAAGGUCGCCGGUUCGAUUCCGGCCUCGGACAUGGGUGUUAAAUGUGUGUGUGAGUCUGUAUUUGUCCAAUUUUAAACGCUAAUUAAAUAUUAAGAAAUAAGCUGGCUGAAUGUCGUAAUAGACAAGUGGCCAAAAAUAGGAAAAAAAAAAAAUUUGUCUAGUCCUCUGGCACCUUGUAAAACCAAUCCAGAAAGAUAUGAUUGUCAUAUCUAAAUAAAACUUUGGUAAUUUGCUCAAAUUUUUAAUUUAAUGCCGGUAAAAUCUCUCUAUUUUAAAUUUUAAAUAUCUCCAUAAUUUUAAAUAAUUUAAAAACAGUUUAGUCAAUAAGUUAAGAUGGUUUUUAAGUGCCAGAGCGAUUCAUACUUAAAAGAGUUUACUUCAAAAGUAAUCUCCUGUAAUAAGAUCAAUUUUACGGAAAAUACCAAUGGCAAAUCUACAACAUCAGAGGCUUAUGAGGUUACUCUUGAAGAUACGAUUUUGUUUCCGGAAGGUGGAGGUCAGCCCUGUGAUUAUGGUACUUUAAAUAAUGUCCCUGUGGUCAAAGUAGUUAGGCGUGAAGAUAUAGCUGUACAUAUUACUAAAGAACCAUUAAAUGUUGGGGACGAAGUGUUACAAAAAAUUUCUUGGGAGAGAAGAUUUGAUCAUAUGCAACAACAUUCUGGUCAGCAUUUGAUAACAGCAAUUAUUGAUAGGAAGUUUAAUAUUCCUACAGUUAGUUGGUACCUUGGUGAAGAUGUCUCUUACAUUGAAUUAGAUGCCACAAAAAUAUCAACAGAACAAAUUACUGAUGCAGAAAACGAAAUUAAUGACCUAAUUAGACAAGGUAAAAAAGUGACAGUAGAUGUUUAUACUGAGGAUACUCCAGAAGAACUUCUGAAAGAGGCAAGAAGUGCAAGGGGUCUUCCCGAGGAUCAUAAAGGAGGUAUUCGAGUGAUAAGGAUUGAAGAUGUUGAAGGGAAUAUGUGUUGUGGAACUCAUGUAACAAAUUUAGGUCAAUUGCAAGUUGUAAAAUUACUGCAUUCAGAAAAGAGUAAAAGAAAAGAUAAAACAUUUUUAUACUUCCUUGUCGGUAAUAGAGUUGUGAAAAGACUAUCUUUGUGUAUUGAUAGAGAAGAAAAACUUGGAACACUUUUAAAAAAUAACCCAUCUCAACAUCCAGAACUAGUAGAGAAGCUACAGAAAAAUCUUAAAACUCUUACAAAAAAUGUUCAGAGUGUUCUAAAAGAUUUGGCUACUCUAGAGGCCAAGAAACUCAAUGAUAUGCUCCCAAUCCCAUCAUAUUUUUCCAUGCAUAGAAGAGAAGCAGAACCAGACUUUAUGAAUACAUUUGUCAGAGAACUGGGCGAUAGAAAAGAUAUUUUAUUAUUUCUAUCGACCGGAGAUGAAAAACAAGUAGGGAACAUUGUUGUAUAUGGUGCUGAGAAAGAUGUAUCGAUCCUAGGACCAAAGAUAUGUGAGCUAUUAGGUGGUAAAGGAGCAGGUAAGGGAAACAAGUAUCAAGCUAAGGUAUCAAAUAUGGCAAAUAGAAACAAGGUGGAGGAGUUAAUUGCUAAUUAUUUCAAAGAAUAGGUGCAUAUUGAGUAUUAAUUUAAGGGUAUUGUAGUGAAUAAAAGCAUUAUUAACCGUAAAAA